UUCACUUAAACUGAAUUUUCUAGGACUUCUAAAGGGCUUCUGUCUUAGGGACAAUUCUAGUCAAGUCCGAUUUCUUCAUUUUUACUAUAAUAAAGCCAGGUCCGAAAAAUGCCAUUUGUCUUAGGCGCCCCAGGUAGUGACAGAUCUAGGCUUAAAAUUCACAACUCCUGACCCUCUUCCUUUUAAGAAUUAAGUUACUUCUAGAAAAAUAAAACCAAGAUUAUUAGGCCGGCGGGAAGCUAUUUGCGAAUUAUAAAUGCCCGCUAACAAAAUGUAGCCUCCAAGUAGAAAAAGCGCACCUAUGUUGUUACCAUGGUUACUGCAAAGCCAAUGGAAUGAGCCGUACUUUUGUUUUGCCGAAAAACCCCGCCCCAAGGCCCAAAGGCCAAUGGUGUGCGCUGUCUCCACAGGAAGAGCAGCCCCUGAGCCAAUGGUGCGCGUCGUUUCUAUGGUUCCCGCCGGAAGGACGCCUCGGCGUCUCUGCGGCGAGUGCUGUUGCUAUGACGCCCGGGCCUGGGUAGGCACCUGCCGCUGGCCGCUGAGCAGCGGUGGAGCCGAGUGAGCCGGGACCCUCACUGCACUCCCCGAAAGACAGUUUCCGGCCUGGUUCCCGCGGUUCCGCCUCAGCCCCAAGGAGGAAAGCGCCUUUUCUGCGUUCCUUUUCAGCCUUCCAGGUUUUUCCCGCUUCUCUCACCAGUGUGGCCCGAAACCGGAGGAGAGCCUCUCCUGGCUCUGCCUUUGUUGUGGCGGGCUGGAGUGAUUCUGCCUGAAGGAUUCGCCCGUCCCCAGGGACCCAACCGCCACAGGCCUUUAGAAUUAGGCUGUCUGUCUUAUUUAGAGAGGGCUUGGAACCCGUCAGUUAGGUGGGCGCUCCUUUUCUCACUGCCCAGGCGAAGACUCAGUUCAGCCCUGCACAGACCACUGCGCCUGACGGGCCUGGCCCGAGUCCUCCGAGCCACGGCUUCCCCUGGUUGUAGGCUUGUGAACAAAGAACUGCCGUUUUCUGCUUGUUCGUCCUAUGUUCAUCAUGCAGAACCUUAACUGCCGAUGAAGCUCUGGAGAGGCCUUUGGUAUCUUCAGCAUCCGACGUCAUCAAGUCAGUUACCUUCUACCUUUCGAGCUACAAUCUCAUCCGCUUCUCUCAUCACCCUGAGCGCCACUUUUCUCAUCCUGCUCAUUCCACAGCCAUUUUCACCCUUUCUUGUCCAUGCUGCGCAUCACUGAAUGUUCAUUCGUCUCCACCACCUCUGCCAUCUAUAGACCACCUCCCUCUGUUUUCCUGCUACAAUGAUUUGGAUAGCUAAGUAUUCCACAUUCUCCAGCUCUGGAAUCAUUUGGAAGAUUUUCUUUGUUUCUCUGCACUAUGGCAAGCUUCCUGUCUUGGGUAAACUAACUAGCACGGAGAAGCGCACAUUGGUAGAAAACUAUGCAAACAAUGUCCAUAACUUAACAGAGGAAAAAGAAGCAUUUUCUCACGGUUGUGAAAAGGAAAACAAACAGCAUAGACAUGUGGUUAAAGAGCUCCAACCCAAACAGGAAGUGCAAAUAAAAGAGAUUGAAGAAAUGUUGUAUCAAGAGGGCUUAUCUGAAAUAGCUCUGAGCAGCCCCAGUGAACAGAUUACAUACUUACUGGUAGAAAGAAGUACACUCUUGAGGAAACUGGAAACUGGAGGCUCCAAGCCAGAAUCACAAAGAUGUAUGACCAGUAAUCUACAGAAAGGACUUGCCCAGGAGAAACUUGAACAAAUCCACCAGCCUCUGCAAAGAGAACAUGAGAAAUAUCAGGAACCUGUGAAGCAAUCUGAAAAAAAUCUGAGUGAGUCCCGUAAUGAAGACCUGGAAAAAGAUAAAACUUCACAGAACUGCCUGGAGAGAAAUGCAGAACAAGCGGUGGAGAGGUUAAGGAUGGCCUAGGAAGAGAUCCGAAUGCUCAAUGAUGAGCUACAAGGGAGGGAGAAAGAACAGAGUAAAUUAGAUUUUAUUUAUUUAUUUGAGAGAGAGAGAAUGAGAGAUAGAGAGCACGAGAGGGAAGAG